AUGUUUCGACGUCGCACGGUCUACAUAUUCCUCAGCCUCCUCGCUGCCGUCCUCGUCGGGACCGUCAUCGUCCUCUCUUCCAUCUCCUACUACCUUUCCAUCGAUGUCAACGCCUACAUCACCGAGCUUGAGCUCGACGUGCCCUUCAAUGCGACCGACCCCUGGAACGCGACAGAGCACGGAAAGGUAGAGCGCAUCCCACGCAUCCUCCACCAGACAUGGAAGACGGAGACGCUCCCCGAAAAGUGGGCCGACGUGUCGCAGGGCUGUCGAGACAUGAUGCCCGACUACGAAUACAUGCUCUGGACCGACGCGAGCUCACGCGAGUUCAUCGCUGAAAACUAUCCAUGGUUCCUGGAGACCUUUGAUGGAUACAAGUAUCCCAUCCAGCGCGCGGACGCCAUCCGCUACUUCAUUCUGUAUCAUUACGGUGGUAUCUAUCUCGACCUGGACAUUGGAUGCCUGCGGCCGCUCGAUCCGCUCCUUACAUACCCCGUCAUCCUCGCCAAGACCAUCCCCGUCGGCGUUUCCAACGAUCUCAUCUUCUCCGAGGCAGGACACCCCUUCAUGGAACAGAUGAUUCACGGUAUCAAGAAGUUCGACCACAACUGGGUCCUCAACUACCCCACCGUCAUGUUCAGCACAGGCCCAAUGUUCGUAUCUGCGCAGUACGGGCUGUACACGUCCACGCACCCGCCAACCCUUGCGCAGCCUGGCGGCGAGGUUCGCGUUUUGCCGAAGUCACUGUAUGGGAAAAACGCGAAGCCAGGCGAGGCGCCGCACUCGUUUUUCUCUCAUUACUACGGCAGCAGCUGGCAUGCGGACGACGCUGCCUUCAUUGGCUUCCUUGGAAAGUGGGGUAAGGGCCUUAUGUGGAUCGGGCUCGUUGUCUUCAUUCUGGGAGUGAUCCGUCUCGCGCUCGCGCCGCACGCUCGAAGACGCAAAUACCGCCUCAGGCGUAUCGGCGGCUACGAAGUCAUGAUGCCACGCUGGGUCCAGCGCGAUGGAAGAUGGUACCUCGACCUCGGAUGGUUCGGUCUGCCCUCCUCGGGCGCAUCGUCGCCAAUUCAACCCGCCUCACCCGUACUCAGCGAGGAGUCGUCCGACGACACGGAAGAGGAAGACAUGCAACUACUGCCCCUGUCAUUCGCGCCGCGGUCCUCAUCUCCGACGCCAUCAGAUGCUUCAUUUACUGCGGACGUGGUGUCGAGUUCAUCGUGGCAGCCUCCAAGCGGGCGAUCGACGCUGGACGUUGUCCGCCGCGCGAGUCGCCGCGUGAUGACCACUAUCUUCGGCGCUUCAGAAGUUCCCGAGCGGACACCGCGCCGCCGUCGUAGCAGAGGCGUGCUGUUUUUCCUUCCUGCGAUUUUCACCCCGUCGCACGCCAUCGAGCUGCAGCGCGGACGCAGUCUAGCGCGCUCGCCAACUCGCUUAUCAGCGUCGCUUUCGCGCGCAUCUGCGAAUGUUCCGCCUGAGAAGCUACAGCAGCCGUGUCCGGAGGACCUUGAAGCAGGCACGUUCCUGCCGAUCCCAGAACUUCUGCCGCGCGGACGGGCCGCGAACUCGUCCUUCUCAUCCGUAUCGUCCUCCUCCACUCUGUCAUAA